AUGAGCUCAGUACAAAAAGUCCGAGCAGCACAUCUAGACGUGCCAGAGAACAAGCACAGAAGACGAGGCUCCUCCGUGGGCCUGAUCAAUUUGGGCGACACCUCCGUUCCCGGCUUUUCGACCAUGAAGGUCAGCGCCAGCCAGAGAGACCGGCUGGAGGCCCGGAUGCGGGAGCUCAGCGCCGAAUCGAAGUCGGACGGCGCCAUUUUGCGCAAGAUCUUGGUGGCAUACAAGGAGUUGACGUAUCGCCACUCGUGGAUCAAUCCGUUCAUUGUGCUUGUGGCCAUUGUGGGCACGUUUUUCUUCGGUGACCAGAAAACAACGCUUCACGCGUACCUAGAGAAGCUUUUGGUGGUCUCGUAUCAUAUCGAAGGAACCGAUCAGUACGGGAAGGGUGUGAACGAUUUCUACUUUGUGGGCUUCUAUGCGCUCUUUUUCACGUUUUUCCGCGAGUUCUUGAUGUGCUGUGUGUUGCGUCCGCUGGCCCACUUCUUGGGCGUCAAGAAGGCAGCCAAGGUCAAGAGAUUCAUGGAGCAAACAUACUCUAUGAUAUACUACGGCUUGUCCGGCCCGCUCGGAUUGUGGGUCAUGUCGCUGACGCCCUUGUGGUUCUUCGAAACAACGCCGUUCUACUUGGACUACCCCCAUAAGACCCACGAUUUCUACUUCAAGGUCUACUACCUCGGCCAGGCCGCCUUCUGGGUGCAACAGUCGGUGGUGCUUGUUCUUCAGCUCGAGAAGCCUAGAAAGGAUUUCUAUGAGCUCAUCUUGCAUCACAUCGUCACCAUUGCCUUGAUUUGGUGCUCCUACAGAUUCCACUUCACCUGGAUGGGUUUGGCUGUGUAUGUGACCAUGGAUGUUUCGGACUUCUUCUUGGCGUUGUCCAAGACCCUCAACUACUUGGACUCUCCUGCCGCCGGCCCGUUCUUCGUGUUCUUCGUGUUUGUGUGGAUCUACUUGAGACACUACAUCAACAUCAAGAUCUUGUGGUCAGUGCUCACCGAGUUCAAAACCGUCGGUGAGUGGGAGUUGAACUGGGAUACCCAGCAGUACAAGUGUUGGAUCUCGCAACCAAUCGUGUUUGGCUUGUUGUUUGCCUUGCAGCUCCUCAAUGCCUACUGGUUGUUCUUGAUCAUUAGAAUUCUCUACCGUUAUGCCGUCGGUGGAGUCGCUGAAGAUGACAGAAGUGAUGACGAGGAUGAUGACGAGCCAAGUGAGACCAAGAAAGAUAUUUAA